AUGUCCACAAUAAUUCAUGAAGACCCAAGAGAGGGCCGACGCAAAUCGUCGACAAGCAAAUCGGAGAACACGCAGCUUCACACAAUCAUCUUCUUUCCUAUUGAUUACGAUGACCCGAAUAAUGUGUCGAUAACCAAUAUUGAAAUGGCGGACAAUUGUCUCCGUACUGGACCACACAAGCACAUGGUCCGCAAGCCAGAGCUGGAACAAACCCCUUUGGCUAUUACGGAGAUGCCUGAUUACUUCCAAGGCCCGCACUUCGACAGAGUUAAAAGGAGAUUGCGCUCUAUCUACUUCCACAACAACAGGAAAUUUGAGAACAAGGUUUAUAUCGACGAAGGAUCUGACUCUUACGCUGCUGAAGAAGAGCAAGGCGACAGCGAGGGUGUCUUGCUCUACCCAUCGCGUGAGGAGGUUGCCUUAGACAGUGCUAAGAUUUACGAUCUAGUCGCCUUUGACGCACUCGCUAAGAAGGACGGUCUGUGGCGACCUCGAUGGCACCAAUGCGACUUAUCGAGUACCAUUUCGGGCAGAAAACAAUGUCCGUUCGACAACGACGAGUAUCGGGACGUGUGGCAUGGAAAGAGCCAAAUCCUAAAGAGAGGCCACAGUAGCUGUACAUCAAAAGUAGAGACCGUCUUCUGGAAUAAAAAGUCCGGAGAGCCAGCUUGUUACACAAAGUUGCAAGAGAUCCACAAAAAGCACAAAAAUGACGAUCUCCGAGAGAUCAACAGCGAAGAGUGGCCGGGGGAAUAUGUCGAAUCUCUUCAGAAGUGGGGAGAACUCAGAGUAUUCAUAGCAAUGCAAGAUCACAAAGACAAACACGGAAAGACGAUAAGAAAACCUUACGUGGUCGACAUCAUCAAAACUCACUUCACCACCGAAGCUGAGAGUAAAAAAUUCCAAGAGAGACACGGACCGCCGAUAAAAGAGGACGAAAAGACGAGAAAACGUAAGGGGUAUGGGAGAGAUUAUAGAGCGAAGGAGGUAACAAAGGCCUACCUGGAGCGCUGGCUGAAGGCGCGCAAAAUGUGGGCGAAAGAGUUAAGUAAACGCAAGAAGGAAGACUGGAUCAAUGCCCUCGAAGAUGACGAUAGAAGAAGGUUGGCGAGAGGUGACUCCGCAGAUCGACCGAACCAUAAACAUGAGCCGAAAGGUGGCUCUGCUUCACAGUCCAAUCCUAGGGAAAAACCAGAUGACGACUUCCCUAAAUUGACUGACGAAGGACCCAUUGUGCGUUGCACAUAUUUUUCCUAUCGGAUGUAUGUUUCUCGCCUGAACCUCGACAGUACCGAGGUCUUCAAAUCGUACGACAGGAUAAAUGUUCCAGCCAUCAAAAGAUUCGCCCUUUCACAGUAUAGACGAUUUUAUAGACGCUACCCUAAACACUUUGAAUCCCUUAGCGUGGGCGCCAGAAUCGAUAUUGGAGUCGGUCCGAAACAGUCGUUGUUCAUCAAUGAGGUGACGAGGUGGUGGUUUGCUUCCUGGUUUGACGGGUUCGAAGACAUUGGAUCGCAGGGCACGAUUGCUCAAGCGUUUGCGGACAGUUUUUCACAGGUCUACAGGGUGCACCCACACGAACCAAAUGAGCCCGUCCCGGAGAGCAGCGAUGACGAAGAUGACUAUGAUGACGAUGGUGAACGCAAAAAACUCACAACGCUCUACAAGCAGAAGCAAGAAAAAACAGUUCCUAGAGAAAGGAGAAAACCCACAGCCAGUGGGGGAGGCGGUGCCGGCAAAGACGGUGGCGCCAAUGGCAAGAGUCAUGGCAAACGUCCUCCUGUAGACGACGACAAUGAGGACGACGUUCAGAGAACGGCGCCAAAGAAGAACCGGAAAUCACUAGGAUGA